AAGACGGAUGCAAGGAAGAUGGCAGUAGUCAGAUAGCCCAGUGUUUGAACAAAUGUUUACCGCUAUGGAGGUUCUCCGGGUAAGAAUGAGCGGCAGAGGAGGAUUGCUCAGCCUGGCGGUAGCCUUCCUGUGCUGCGCGGGCUCCGUGCAGAGUUUUGGCCAGAGCCAAGACAGUGAGUUUACGUUUCUUCUUCCAGCCGGAAGAUCCGAGUGUUUCUAUCAGACAGCAUUAAAGAACGGUACGAUGGAGGUCGAAUAUCAGGUGAUAGCAGGUGCAGGUAUGGAUGUAGACUUCACCAUCCUCUCCCCUAAAGGAGUCCAGCUGAUAAUGGAGUCUCGCCGAUCCGAUGGAGUCCACGUGGUGGAGCCCAUGGAGGAGGGAGACUACGAGAUCUGCUUCGACAACAGCUUUAGCCGCUUCUCUGAGAAGAUGGUUUUCUUUGAGAUCAUCAUCGAAGGACAAGGAGGGGAUGUGGGAGGGGAUGACGAGUUCCCGGGUUUGGAGGAGCCUGAUGGCAGCCUGCUCGAGUACAAGCUGGAGGACAUCAAGGAGUCCAUGGACUCUUUGCACAAACGUUUGGAGCGCAGCCGGCAGAUGCAGAUGGUUUUACGAGCAUUCGAGGCGCGGGACCGGAACCUUCUGGAGGAUAAUCUCUGGAGGGUCUCGUUCUGGUCAUGUGCCAGUGUGCUGGUGAUGCUUUGUGUGGCCUUAACCCAGGUCUACACUGUUCGCAAAUUGUUUGAUGAUAAGCGGAGGGUCUGCACGUAGAGGAAAGAUCGACCGCCGAUGGAUUAGGAAGUGAAUAGACUGUGAGCAAUAAUGAUAUUUCAUUAAAUCACAAAGCAUAACCAGAGGGUAAAGAGGUAUGACAAAGCGGAAGUAAGUUAAGUCAUUUCAUGUAGUGCCUUUAAUGUCACGCCUGGCCACAAACGGGUAAGGAAAUGCUUUUCAAAGUGUAAAAUCAGUCUCUGAAACUGGGUGAAGGUUUUGGGAUUUUCUGUAAAGGUGUCAUAACUGUCAGUAAAGGUAGAAGGUACACCCUGGUUGCUGGUUCAGGGGCAAACGAUGUGCAAUGACCCUGACGCUGUAGUUGCAUUAAUAUUGUAGUUGUUCUCAGAGAUAAUUCAGGAGUUUUUUUUAAAAGGGUACUCAUUAUUUUUUAUGUGCCAAAAGAACUGUCUUUUUUUUUUUUCAUCUUUUAGUGAAUGAGGGAAGAUUUCACAAACUGACUGCCAAUAAUGUUCACCUGUCCAAUCUUUCAUGUUACACGUCUAAUUAGUGUAAUUAUGCCGUUUGUCUUUUAAGCUUCCAUCCUGUUUUUUCUUACAUAUAAUAAAAAAAUGCCAAUUUAAAAAAUGUAGCCAAAUAUUGACUCUACGUUUCCUUCCAUGUUUAAAAUGUAACAAAUAAGCUUUUACUUAGAGAUUUGUGACAAUAAAUGCAUUGUUUU